UAAAAUUGCUGGUUCCUGUAUGCGUAACACAGCUGGAACAAUAAUAAUGGCAGAAGCUGUACAUGAAGAGCCUGCGCGGAUUGGAGGUGGGAAACUUACCGACACGGAGAUAGAGAAUAACAAAAAUAACACGAUGGUGGAGCAAAGUUCCACUCUACUGCGCAGACUGGAGAUCAGUGUGGCGGAGGCAGAAAAAAGAACUGGGAAAAACACAGUGAAUAUGCAAGAGACAUUCACUGUGUACCUCAUAGAAACUCGACCCAUAGAUGCUAUCACUGAUGGCCACAACCCAGCCCCAGACUCUCUCUGGAGGAGAUACAGUGAAUUUGAGCUUCUUCGUAACUAUUUGUUGGUAACCUAUCCAUUUAUCGUGGUGCCACCUUUACCAGAAAAGAGGGCCGAGUUUGUUUGGCACAAGCUGUCCGCUGACAACCUGGACCCAGACUUCGUGGAGAGACGCAGGGUUGGCCUGGAGAACUUCCUACUUCGCGUGGCUUCACAUUCCGUUCUAUCCAAUGACAAGAUCCUAUACCACUUUCUGACCGAGGAACAUGAGUGGAAAGAAGUGGUUUAUGAGACAGGGUUUCAAGCCAAGGCAGACUCCAGGAUUAAAGCUCUUAGUGCAACCUUCAGGGUGAAGAACCCUGACAAGCGGUUCACAGAGAUGAGACACUACAGCGAUGAGCUUCAAUCAAUCACCUCCCAACUCCUCAGAGUCAGAGCGAGAGUGGCAGACAGGCUGUACGGUGUGUACAAAGUCCAUGGGAAUUAUGGAAGAGUGUUCAGUGAGUGGAGUGCCAUUGAGAAGGAGAUGGGAGAUGGACUUCAGAGUGCCGGGCAUCAUAUGGAUGCGUACGCUGCCUCAGUGGACGACAUCUUGGAGGAAGAGGAGCACUACGCAGACCAACUGAAGGAAUACCUUUUCUAUGCUGAAGCCUUAAGGGCGGUGUGCAGGAAACACGAGUUGAUCCAGUAUGAGCUGGAGACGGCCUCCUCGGACCUCGUUUCUAAGAAGCAUCAGCGGGAAGAGCUGGCCACCGGGAUGGUACGGACGUUCUCCUUCAAAGGGAUGACCAACAAGCUGUUCGGUCAGGAGGCCCCGGAGCAGAGGGAGGCCAGGCUCGGUCUUCUGGAGGAGCAGAUAGUCGAGGGCGAGGAGACCGUCAAAGAGAAAACGUCUGAGUGCCAGGAGUAUGUAAAGGACGCGUGGGUGGACAUACAGCGUUUCAAAGAGCAGAAGGACCGGGAUCUAAGGGAGGCUCUGGUCAGCUACGCAGUCAUGCAGAUCAGCAUGUGUAAGAAGGGCAUUCAAGUGUGGACCAAUGCUAAGGAAUGUUUCCAAAAGAUGUGAGUUGGGCGGGACCAAGGAUCAGCAACAACCCCUUCAACGAACCUCAGACAGGAACAGAACCACUUUUUUCAUAGCAGCUUGCCCCCCUUGAGGUUAAUAAAGGCUGGAGUGCAUUUAUUGGGCUACAGCUCAAUGAUCAGUCCAAUAAUGGCCUAUUUUCACGUCUCCAUUUUCCUUAGUAAGGAGGAAAGACAAUGAAGACAUUCCGGGCAUUAAGAUGCUGUCUGUUUUACGACAUAACACACAUAUCCCCCUCUGUUUACUUUUUAAGAGAAUGUUUCUGUAUGAGCGGGAUAAAAGUUGCAUGGUGAGAGACUGGUGUCGUUAACUUAGUUCACCUGUAAGCGAACUGAACUGGAAUUUAAACCAAAUGAUUUGUCAAAGGAUUUGCCUUUUCACUCGAAUUUCAGGUAUUAAAGCACAUUGUCCAAAAAAUGUAUUUAGGAAUAAUAUACUUGUCUGUAAAUAUAUUAUCUGCAGUGAACACUAACCUAAUGUUGUUUGACGACAAAUAUUAAAGGAGCAAUGUGGAAAACGUAUUCUAAGUUCUGUAAAAGCUUGGUGAACAAGCUGCAACUGUUUGUCGGUGUGCUUAAGGAGAUCCAAUAUAAAGUCCAAUAGAAUGUCUGCAUUUUAGAAUGCGCUUUUUGUAAGUACCCGAAAUUAUUUCAGGGGAAAAUAUUUUUAGCAAAUAAAUAUCAUUCCACUUUUUGAUAUUCAGAAACUCUACAUGUUGCUCCUUUAAUUUACUUAUGUCAAAUGAUUUUGUAAAAGAAAAAGUCAUGUUUACAUUGUGUAAGUUGAAUCAUCUUAUUUAGUCAUCCUUAAUUUAUAAGAAUUAACAUUUAGGCAUUAACUUCGGUUUGUUCAGCUGGAAUUAU